AUGAGCUUGCGCGAUUUUCUCGACGCGCACACGGCGGGCGGCGGCGAGGCGCGGACUGGCUACCUUGCGCAGCACCCGCUCUUUGAGCAGAUCCCGCGGCUGCGGCGUGACUUUCGCGUGCCGGAGCUCUGCACGGCGGGCGGCGGCUCCGGGACGGUGACGCCGCUCCACUUCGACUCGUACGACAACGUGGUCGGCUACAAGCGGGUCGUCCUCUUCCCCGCCGAGCAGACAAAGUGGCUCUACCCAAAGGAGGCGGGCGGCGGCGGCGUCGACGCGCAGGGCAACGUGAGCGCCGUCGACGCGCCCGACCUCGAGCGGUUCCCCGACUAUGCGCGCGCCGCGGGCCUCGAGGCCGUCCUCGGGCCGGGGGACGGGCUGUACAUCCCGGCGGGCUGCUGGCACCACGUGAGGAGCCUCACCGCGGCCUUCUCGGUGAGCUUUUGGUUCUGA